AUGCCAACUAUCAACCCCCGUGACUCGGUCAAAUCCACCUGGCCUCUCAGCGACAAAUCUCAAUGGGGCAUGAGCCAGCGCAUCAUCGAUACAUUGAAUGCGUACCCAAUAACCCCCGGGAAAGAAGUACCGAGACAUCCCAAAACUGAGAUGAUGCCCUACUUUGUUGAAUGGCAGGGACAUGUCUGGGUUUUGUUCCAUGCUUUUGCUCCAAUCGCACUCCAUCAAACAUGGCUGUCUUGUACUGGCCACGAAAGUCUCCAUCCUGUCAUCAUCUUUGUCCUCUACUUCUCGAUGUUCAGUUGGACCGUGGUCCGCGAAGUCAAGGCUUCUCGGAAACUGGGUCACCAGCAUGGGUUCUUGGAUGGAGAUACUCACGACCGUGAUGGCAUACCUGACGUCGGUGUCGACAAAGUGGUGUCCUCACUAUGGAAAACCACUGGGUCUCGGAUCGCCAUGGUUACCUGCAUCGGAUACAAUAGCAGCCAAUCGCCCACGUCCGUUAUGCAAAAUGGAAGUUGGUGGGUUUGGCUGUGGCUGCAGGUCGGUCUCUAUGGCAUCAUUCUCGACUUUUGGUUCUACGUAUACCACCGAGCCAUGCACGACAUUGAUGCAUUAUGGAAGUACCAUCGUACUCACCAUCUGACAAAACAUCCCAACUCUCUCCUCGCGGCGUAUGCCGACCAUGAGCAAGAAUUCUUUGACAUGGUCGGCGUACCAUUAUUGACUUGGAUAUCCUUUCGGACUCUCUGUAUUCCCUUGGGCUUUUAUGAAUGGUGGAUCUGCCACCAGUAUAUCGCCUUCACCGAGGUCUUGGGUCAUAGCGGCCUGAGAAUCUACGGCAUGCCACCUUCCACCAUGACCUGGCUGUUGAAGCUUUUUAGAGCCGAGCUUGUCAUUGAGGAUCACGAUCUCCACCAUCGUAAAGGCUAUAGGAAAAGUCACAACUACGGAAAGCAGACCAGGGUGUGGGAUCGACUGUUUGGAACGUGCCACGAGCGCAUUGAGUCAACGAAGCAGAAUGUUGACUGGGAAAUGGGAGUGUAUUUUCCUUUUUUUUAA